AUGAGCACGUUCAGCGAAGCGCCGGCGGGGAACGCCGCGAAGGGAGCGAAGAUUUUUAAGACGAAGUGCGCGCAGUGCCACGUCGCGGAGAAGGGCGGUGGACACAAGCAGGGUCCUAACCUCGGCGGCUUGUUCGGCCGCGUCUCCGGCACCACGGAGGGUUUCUCGUACAGCGCGGCGAACAAGAACAAGGGCGUCACAUGGAGCGAGAACACCCUGUACGACUACCUGUUGAACCCGAAGAAGUACAUUCCGGGCACGAAGAUGGUCUUCGCCGGUCUGAAGAAGCCGGAAGACCGCGCGGAUUUGAUCGCGUACCUGAAGGAGAGCACCAAGUAG